ACACCUCUGCGAGCAGACUUUCCGGUAAAUCUCUUCUCCAAUUUAUCCGCCAAAGGGACGAACGAAAAGUUCUCACCGCCAAUUUUAUUCUUCUGUUCAGACGUUUCAGCGGCAGGAGAGUCGCCGUCGCGCAACAGCACCCCGACGCCGCCCCCCAAGUCGCCCAAUUCCAUCAACAACAGCUCGAAGAGGAUUCGAACCGCGUUCACCAGCACCCAGUUGUUGGAACUUGAGCGGGAAUUCGCCUCCAACAUGUACCUGUCCCGGCUCAGGAGAAUAGAGAUCGCGACGAAUCUGAGAUUGUCGGAGAAGCAGGUGAAGAUAUGGUUCCAAAAUCGUAGGGUCAAGUACAAGAAGGAGGAUCUUCCCUCGGGCCAGAGUCAGAAAUGCUGUUGUCUUCGAACGUGCGGGAAGAGGAAGGAGGGGGUGUGCGGUGACGAUUCGUCGAGUCGGAAAUGCGAGCAGGAUGAUGAGAGGUCGAUCACGAGAAACGCGGACAAAUCCGUGGACGUUGCGAUUGGCAACGUCGAGGAAACGUCGAACGUCGAAAUGGCGGAUCGUUUCGACCGCUCGUUCCCAUCUUUCCCGGGGGCGGACAACUCGAAACGAUUUCUACGGGAGGCGGAGGAGGGAUUGAACGUUGCGGGGGUGAUCGGUUACGAGAGGGACGUUCACGGUUUGUCGAGAGGGUCGAAGAGGAGGUUGGACGGGGUCGAGGAGGCCGAGGAGGAAGCGGAGGACAAGAAGAGACGGGUCGAUGGGUCGCCGUCGCUUUAUCGAAACGCGAUUCAAGACACUGCUAUCGCGCCUGUGUUCAGGGGUAUAGGAUGCACCAAGCACACCGUGGAGAGGAUCGUUAAUUCGUAGAAAAUAAGAUUUGAAAGGGAGAGGAAGAAGGGGAUUCGCGUGUUUUCGUUGUAUCGUUAUUGUGUACGCGAUCUACGUAAGUCUUGUAAAUAUUGUAUAUAAUAUAUUUUUGUACGAUAGAAGGAGAAGAAAAACGCUGUAUACGUUUCGAGGAAAAAAAUAAAAUGAUUGAAAUUGAAAUCAUU